AUGGAACAAGGUGAUCAGUUCCAUGUUUACAACAGUUAUUUUUAUUCAUGUUGUCCUUGGUUAGGCACAAAAUCAACAUUGUCAAGUUCAAAUGCGACAAGAUUUUUCAAGGUUUUAGAACGGUAUGGGAAUCCAGAGAUAUUGAAUGGCUUUAAAAAGGUCUCAAUUAUAAGAGCAAAUCUGUCUAUUUAUCGACUGGUAUCACGAGUCUUUGAUAUAACUUUAACAGAAUUAUGCUUGAGAAUGGCCGAAAAUACCAAAAAGGAUCAAGCAGACCACCAAAUUGUUAGAAUUUGA